AUGCGGCUGGGCUGCGGGGCCUUCGCCGCGGGCUGCGUGGCGGUCGAGGUGCUGGGAGUCGCGCUCUUCCUGCGGGGCUUCUUCCCGCCUCCCGUGCGCUCCUCCUCCCAGCCCGAGCCCCCGGCGGCGCCCGAGCCCUCGGCAGGAGCCAGUUCCAAUUGGACCGAGCUCCCCCCACCUCUCUUCGGGAAAGUUGUUGUUAUGCUAAUCCAUGGCUGGAGAGAUGAUUUUGUGUUUGGGUCAAAAGGUGUGAAAUUUAUGCCCUACACAACUCACCUUGUGGAAGAAGGAGCAUCUCACAGUUUUGUGGCGGAAGCCAAGCCACCUACAGUUACUAUGCCUCGAAUCAAGGUAAACCCUUUAGCACCGUGUUUCACGAAUCACUAG